CAAACAAGUUAUAGACUUAAUGCUCCGUAAAGAGCAUUUAACUAGUAAAGGUCUUUUAGAUAUUUUUAGUUUAAAAGCUUCUUUAAACUUAGGUUUACCUGAUGUUUUAAAGAAAGCUUUCCCUAAUAUUGUACCAAAAGACAGACCAGUGGUUGAAUGUAAAGGGAUCAAGAGUCCCCAUUGAUUAGCAGGAUUCGCCGAUGGUGAAUCUUGUUUUUUUGUGGAAAAAUGUGUUUCAAAAACACAUAGUUCUGGAUACCAAGUGCGUUUAAAAUUUAUUCUUAGUCAAGACAUUAGAGAUGUCGCAUUAUUAAACUUAUUAAAUAAUUAUCUCAAUUGUGGAAAGGUAAUUGUAGAUUCUAAAGGAAUGUCUCGAUAUGUUGUUAGAAAACAUUCUGACAUUGCUCUCACAGUUAUACCUCUAUUUGCUAAAUAUCCUUUACAAAGUUCUAAAUUAGCUGAUUAUAAAGAUUUUUGCGAAGUAGCAAAAAUCAUAGAUAGUAAAGCUCAUUUAACUAAAGAAGGGUUGGAGCAUAUAGACCUGAUAAAAUCAGGUAUGAAUAGAGGUAGAUUCAGUUAA